AACAGUUAUAAAGAUGUCGAAGACAAUGGGAAGAAUGAAAAUGGGCAGGAAACUGAUCGAGAAGAUCGAUCACUCGUCGAAGCUGCGUGUGGAUAUUCCCGCAGGGAUGGCAUCGUCCGCGCCGCCGCUUGGAUCCCAGCUCGGACAGAGGAAUAUCAACAUUGAGAACUUUUGUAAAGACUUCAAUAAGAGAACAGCCAACAUCAAGGAGGGCAUUCCUUUACCGUGUCGCGUGAAGGUGCAUUCAGACAGAACGUACGAUCUGGUGAUCCACAAGCCGCCAACGACGUACUACUUGAAACAGGCCGCUGGGAUACAGAAAGGGAGGAUAAAGAAAGGUGAAGUAGCUGGCAAAAUAACUCUGAAACAUUUAUACGAGAUCGCCAAGAUCAAGAUAGAGGAUCCACCCAAUGCGUUGCUGACUCUAGAGCGGAUGUGUGAAUUGAUAAUCGGCGCUGCUCGCACAUGCGGCAUCGAGAUCGUGCGCGAUAUAGACCCGGUAGAGUACGCGCAAUUCCUGAAAGAUAGGGAAGCAGCAAUCGCGGAGUAUCAGGAGCAGCUUCGAUUAGCUAAAGAGAGCAAAGUACUCAGAACAAACUAAUUUGUAACUAGAAUAUCUAAACUUUUGUCUCUAUUGUAAUUAUUGUACAUAUACAGAUAUAAAUAUAAAUAUAAAAUAAAAAACGCGAGAAUCUUUCGACAAAGGUUAUUUAAAAAAAUAUAAGUUUGAAUGCAAAUAAUUUAAUCUUCUCCAAUGGUGUUGACUAAUUAAGAGGUAGACGUAUAAAAAGAAUGAAUAAAAUGUACAUAUUUUAUAAGUUAGUAUAUACAGAG